GUAACGAUUUCAGAUUCCAUUUAGAAAGUAAGACGGUUUCUUCCUCGCCAGCCUUCUGAAUCGUGAGAAACCUUGCGAGCCCUAUGGUAACCAAACUGUUCUCGACGGGUUAAAGGCUGAGUAAAAUUCAUUGCAGAAAGUGGUAAAGCUGUUCCCAAGAAAAAGAAUGAAUCUUCUUCUCUUCAAGGGACAAGGUGAGAGAGAAGAACACGGUAUUACCACAUUCACGCGGAUUGGUCCCAUCCCAUCCCCAGCCCGGCUGUCCUCUCCUUAAAUGAUUCUUUCAUCCUUAAUUAAUUUUCUUAUUAAUAUCCAUUAUCAUACCUUCCAAUUUCACUGCUUACAUUAAUACUUUCUUGUUUGUUUGUUUUAGAUUACAUUAACCAUAGCCCUUUAAGCCGGCACUUACCAAAUCUAUCUUUUGCUGGUAAUUUUACGUGUGUAUACAGCUGGACAGUGUCCACACUUGUUGACUUCUCCAUUGGUUUUUCCCCAGAGACACGGGCACACAUUCUUCAAAUAAAUACCCCUCUUUCAUUCUGACCAUCUUCUUCUUCUUCUUCUUCUUCUAUCAGUCCCUCAUAACCAUUCUCAGUACUUCUCCCCCCUCCAAAAUGCAGCAUCAGCAGCAGAUAAGGUUGUCAUUUCUGUUAGUGUUGUUUGCCUUAUGCGCAGCAGAUGAUCCCUACAGGUUCUUCACUUGGAAUGUCACUUAUGGCACUAUCUAUCCUCUUGGCGUCCCUCAACAGGGUAUUUUGAUAAAUGGGCAGUUUCCAGGUCCUAAUAUCUUCUCAGUAACCAAUGACAAUAUCAUUGUUAAUGUAUUCAACAGCUUGGAUGAGCCUUUUCUCAUUCACUGGAGUGGGAUUCAGAACAGGAGGAACUCUUAUGAAGAUGGAGUUUAUGGAACAACAUGCCCUAUUCCUCCUGGGAAGAAUUUCACUUACAUUCUUCAGAUGAAGGAUCAAAUUGGGAGCUUCUUUUAUUUCCCAUCCUUAGCUUUCCAUAAGGCUGCCGGAGGUUUCGGAGGCAUUCGGAUUCUUAGCCGGCCUCUUAUCCCUGUCCCAUUCGAUCCCCCGGCAGAUGAUUUCACUGUCCUGAUUGGAGAUUGGUACAAAGCUAAUCACACUAGUUUGAGAGCCAUUCUUGAUGGAGGCAACAAAUUGCCUUUCGUCGAUGGAAUCCUCAUCAAUGGCCGCGGUCCGAAUGCUACUUCUUUCACAGUCCAACAAGGGAAGACGUAUAGGUUUAGGAUAUGCAACGUCGGGUUGCAAAACUCGCUCAAUCUCCGGAUUCAAGGGCAUAAGAUGAAAGUUGUCGAGGUCGAAGGAACACACACUUUGCAGAUCAGCUACUCCUCCCUCGACAUUCAUCUCGGACAAUGUAUGUCUGUUCUUGUAACGGCCGAUCAGCCCCCUCAGGAUUAUUACAUUGUAGUGUCGACCCGGUUCUCGACUCCCAUCCUCCUGACCACCGGCUACCUUCGCUACUCCGGCUCCAAUCGCCCUGCCUCCGGACCCCUGCCAGGAGGACCAACCACCGAAAUCGAGUGGUCCCUCGAUCAGGCUCGCUCCAUCAGGACGAACCUUACAGCGAGCGGACCAAGGCCGAAUCCGCAAGGCUCUUACCACUAUGGCAUGAUCAAUACUACAAGAACAAUCAGGCUUUCGAGCUCUGCCGGACAGGUUAACAACAAGCAGAGAUAUGCGAUCAACAGCGUCUCCUUUGUGCCGGCUGAUACCCCUUUGAAACUAGCCGACUAUUUCAAAAUUGGCGGUGUUUUCCGCGUUGGGAGCAUACCUGAUUCGCCUACUGGUGGAGGGAUAUACCUCGAUACGUCGGUUCUUGGUGUCGACUACAGAGCGUACAUUGAAAUUGUAUUUAUCAACGACGAGGAUAUUGUGCAGAGCUAUCACCUCAACGGAUACUCGUUCUUCGUAGUCGGAAUGGAUGGAGGGCCAUGGAGUUCGAACAGCAGGAACGAGUACAAUCUUCGCGACGCAGUCUCGCGGUGCACGGUUCAGGUGUAUCCCAAGUCAUGGACAGCCAUUUAUAUUCCUUUAGACAAUGUAGGAAUGUGGAACCUCAGAUCGGAGUUUUGGGCUCGGCAGUACCUCGGACAGCAACUGUAUCUAAGAGUUUACACGACGUCAACCUCGUUCAGAGAUGAGUAUCCUAUCCCGAAGAAUGCUCUGCUCUGUGGCCGAGCUAGUGGCCGGCGCACUCGCCCUCUCUAAGCUAGCUCCGGCUCCGGCGACAGAGGCGAAACAUAAGCAUCGAAAUUGAGAUCGAAGACCCAAGCAAAGCCAUAAGGGGAUUGUUGUUCAUUAUAAUUUUUUUAAGAAAAUGUCGAAUGAUCUUAGCUCAAGGUCUUACAUUCUUUGAAUUUUGCAUUGAUGUUGUAUCAAUUUAUAUACCAUUGGCGUUACUGUUAUAUUAAUUAUUGCUUGGUAUUGGGUU